UUUUUUUACUUUAAUAAAUUAGUCGACGCAAGUCAGUCCUGUUUAACAAUUUACGCUUCCUCAAAAGACUCAGCGGCGCGGCCGUCGGAUUCAAGAGACAUGAUCGUCUGCGUCGCCGUCGUCGGCCAUCAGAACAAUCCAUUGUACGUACAGAGUUUUACUGAAGCGGAUGAUGCUCUCAAGCUUCAUCACAUUGUCCAUUGCUCGCUAGAUGUCGUUGACGAGAGAAUGAACAACCCGAGAAAAAUAGGCUCGGCAUUGAAUGAGACAUUUCUUGGUUUACUAUACCCAACCGAAAACUACAAAGUGUAUGGUUACUUGACCAAUACUAAGGUGAAGUUCAUCCUCGUGACAUCAGAUCUUAAUGUUCGCGACGCAGAUGUGAGAAACUUCUUCAGGAAGUUCCAUACAGUAUACGUUGAUGCAGUUUCGAAUCCUUUUCACAUCCCGGGUAAAAAGAUUACAUCGAAAGCUUUUGCAGUAGAGGUGAGCUCGCUCGUAAACUCCUUCGGUUCUAGUUCAUCUGCCUGAAUGAAUGAAUGGCUGUUAAGUCCCAUUUUCUGACUGCCUACUGUUCUAUUUCAUCGACAAACACUUAUUCAUUAUGGAAAAACUAAGCUUUACUGUUC